AUGCAAGACAGCAUGUUAAUGAGAGGUAACGAUGGUACCAACAACAUAAACAACAACAAAAACAACAAUAAUAAUAUUAACAAUAAUUACAAUAAUAAUAAUAACAAUAACAACAACAACAGCAGCAACAUCAUCAUAACAAUAAAAGACAACAAGAGAUCUAGAUCGGAGAAGAGCAAACUCAAAGUUCAUAAUAAUAUAAAUAAUAAUAGUAAUAAUAAUACUAAUAAUAUUAAUAAUUAUGAUAAUAAUAAUAAUAAUAAUAAUAAUAAUAAUAAUAAUAAUAAUGAAAACAACAACAAUAAUGACAAAAAUGUUGGAAAUGAAUUUGACAUAGCUGAUAGAGAUUGUGGUUAUGAUGAUGAUGCUAAUGAGUGGGAGGAGGAGUCGUCGGUAUCGACUGAAUCGAUAACAAACGAGUCGAUGAAUGAAAACUUAGUAUCGAGAAAAAUGGCUUCAAACAAGCUGCUGCCCAGUGUGACAGUAUUUGAAAAAGUCGUGCCAGCAAAAUCGGUAUCGGUCGAAUCGAUAGCUGUUGCUUCGAGUAUGGGACAUGCGAAUAGUCGGACGCCAAGCAUAUCACUUAAUUCAACUCCGUGUCAAAAACUACAACAUCGGCAAGGCUCGUCUUGCUCUAGUGACCAAUCAAUGAGAAUACACGGCAAAAAAAACAACAACAACAACAAGAGCAACGAAAACAACAAUAAUUAUAAUAACAGUAACAACAGUAAUAAUAAUAAUGAUGAUGAAUUUAUUGGUCACAUCAACAAAAAUUCAGAUAGCUAUGAUAUCAACAACGUCAUCAAGCGAAACAAAUACAACAACAACAACGACGACGACGACAACAACAACGACAACAACAAUAGUAAUAAUAACAACAACAACAGCGACACGAAUAAGCUGAAGCAUUUGAGCAUUUUCAACGAUAGCUUGUAUUUUUUAGACGGCCAUGAUUUCAACUUUGCUAGUUACGACGGCAUUAAUUACGGCAACAAUGCUUACGACAAAGACAACAACAAUAAUUACAGUAACAACAAUAACAACAACAAUAAUAAUAACAAUAAUAAUAACAACAAUAAUAACAAUAACGAUUAUGACAAUAAUAACGUUAAAAAGGAAUCGGAGGGAAGGCUCUACAGAGUUGCUAAAGAGUUGCUGGAAAGUGAAAAGGCCUAUCACAGAGGGCAAUUACGGAAAAAACCCUAUCUUAACUGCAAUCGAAAGUGA